AAAAAACUCAAAAGACUUGGAUUGAUGCCAAGGACUGCCAUUUCCUCUCCAUCUUCUUCUUUCUUUUUUUUAUUUAUUUAAUUAUGUUUUUUUAAUCUCAGAAAUUAUUCUGCAAAAAUAAACUCCAAACAAUCACAAACAAUGUGUUUUUGUUAUUUUGCAUAUCUCCAUUGAUUAAAAAUUGCAUCUUUUCAUAAUCCCUCCCUUUAUUAUUAUUUUUUUUUUCUGAUUUUUUUUUCCAUUUAUUUUCUUGUAAUUUGUAUGGAUCCAUUCUCAUUUGGGUGAGUGAUUUGGUGAGAUCUCAGAAAAAUCUCACCUUUUUUUCAUUCCCAUCUCCAAAAUCUCUUCUUUCCAAACCCUAAUUUCAGGAAUAUUUCAUCAAAAUCCCAUCUUUCCUUUUUUUUUUCUUUCCCCCAAUCAUUCCAUAUCUCCAUCUUGAUUCAUCCCAAAAGUCAAAACCCUACCUUUACCUCUUCUUCACCUUCCAUUUCAACCAAGAAAAGCGGAAAGAUUGAUUCUUUGCUAUGGGAAACACACUGACAUGCAAGCCAAAGAAGGAUUCAAUUGGGGAUGGAUUGGUUUCAAGGAGCAAGAGGGUUUCAAAGUCCCAAAGGAUGUCAGAGGAGGAGCUUCUCCAUAGACAAGCUCUGGCUAUGGCCUUGCAGCAGCACCAGCUUUCACAGAGGUUUGAGGGCUCCAUGUCAAGAAGGAUUGGAGGUUCCACCAGCUCCCGGAGACACGCUACCACCAUUUCUGAGUCCUUUUCCAACGGCAAACAACAGGUCCCUUUAUGUCUUGAUAAUGUUGAAACUAAGAAAAUUGUACUCGUGCACGGGGAAGGGUUUGGAGCAUGGUGUUGGUAUAAAACUAUUUCGAUGUUGGAGGAAGCCGGACUACAUCCUAUUGCCGUGGAUCUCACUGCAUCUGGAAUCAAUAACACCAAUGCAAAUGCUGUAGCUUCCCUGGCAGAGUAUGCAAAACCGCUCUCAAUUUACUUGGCUGACCUUCAAGAAAACGAGAAGGUUAUUUUGGUCGGCCAUAGCUGCGCCGGUGCAAGCAUAUCAUAUGCGAUGGAACAUUACCCGAAUAAGAUUGCAAAAGCUGUAUUUCUUACUGCAACAAUGGUUUUGGAUGGCCAAACACCUUUUGAUAUAUUUGCUGAGGAAUUAGCAUCUGCGGAAGCUUUCAUGAAAGAGUCACAAUUUUUAUUAUAUGGUAAUGGUAAAGAUAAACCUCCCUCUGGUCUUUUGUUCGACAAACAACAAUUAAAGGUUCUCUAUUUCAACCAAAGCCCGCCCAAGGAUAUUGCAUUGGCAACUGUUUCAAUGAGACCGAUGCCUCUCGCGCCGAUAAUGGAGAAGCUACAUCUUACAAGAGAAAAUUACGGCUCUGUGCGCAAAUACUUCAUUCAAACACUGGACGACCGAAUGCUCUCUCCGGACAUCCAAGAGAAGUUGGUGCGCGAAAACCCGCCCACCGGAGUGUACAAAAUCAAAGGCAGUGAUCAUUGUCCUUUCUUCUCGAAACCACAAUCGCUGAACAAGAUUUUACUGGAGAUCACUCAAAUUUGAGCAGUCAAAAGGUUCAGUGUUCACAAUUAAGGUUGUAGAUAGCAGGGAGUAAAGCAGGAUGAGCUCAUGGAAUACAUUUAAUUUAAUUUAAUUUAUUAUUUUUUAAAAAAAAAUGGUUAGGAACUUGUUCUGUUAGGUAUGUUUCUAUGAGUUUUUUUUUUUUUUGGUUGAGUCCUUUAAAAGAUUGAAACUAGUAGGUAUCCUUUCAAUGUCAAGAUAAUUAUUAGGUUUUUUGGUA